AUUAACGUAAACAUACCGAAGUUUAAAUAUUCGUUUAUUUUUGUGAUUUCAUAAAAACAUUGGUAUUAAACAAGUGUAAAUAACCUAGUAAACCGCCUAUUAUUUAACUAAAAGUAUAAAGAGCAACUCAAAGUUUGCUUACCCCUUAAAUUUUAGCUGUUUAAAGUUUUGCCGGCAAAAUGGGUGAUUAUCCUGAUCCUGACGAGGAGUAUGAGUUGAUGUAUGCGGAUGAACUGGCAAUGUUAAGAGAAGAAGAGGACCAUGCAGAACCCAGUGUAGUGAAAAAGAAGCCGUUACCAGCUAAAAGGAGUCUCGAUUUCUCCAGUCCAGUUGCCAAGAAGCCAGUUACAAGUAAUUUUACUAACAAUGUACCUGACACUAUCACAAACUUUGGGGUUACGGAGAGCACAGACAUUUCUCUCACUCCCAACUUACUACCAUUAGAGGAAUUCACACAAGUGUCACAUAAAAGAACUGCCGACGAGCUGUUUGGAGAUAUCGGAGAUAUAGACUUUAAUGAAGUAGAGUUACCAAGUAAACGGCAGAAGACAGAAGAAGAGACUGAUUUAGAAUUAAUUGAUAAGAUUCUGGAAGGAAGAAGGUUGAAACAGAUUUUGUUGGAGCCCAGUGGCAGAGCAUUGGGUAGCAGAUCUAAAUAUAAUGCUAAGGAUAAUAUGUCACUUGAUAUACCAAGAUGGCCAUUUGUAGCUCUCUCAAACUCAGAUGGUAACCGUGUGUACGUGAGGAUAGAGUCGGAGGAAGCCUGGGAGAGCUCCUUGGACAAAGGAAUGGAACAAAUGGGUCUACAUGCCUCAUAUGCCAGUACCUGGGUGGAAGCUCGGAAGAUUUUGGAAGAGAAGCAACAGAGGGUGAUAUCAGAAGAAGUGGCCACACAACCCCUACCUGACAUGGAUACUGAUGUCAACGGUAACAUGCUGUGGGUGGACAAGUACAGGCCGCAGUCUUACCUUGAGUUGCUGUCCGAUGAACCUGUUAAUAGGGCCCUGCUGCAUUGGCUACACUUGUGGGAUAAGAUAGUGUUCAAGAAAGAAGUGAAGACGAAGGAACCCCAGCAGCGUACGACCUUCAGCAAGCGCGCUGGCCAGUUCCAGCUGACCAACAAGUGGAAGGGGAAGAAGGAGGAGGAACCGGAACUGGACGAGGAUGGCAGACCGCACCACAAGGUGGCGCUGCUGUGCGGACCGCCCGGGGUCGGGAAGACUACGCUAGCUCACUUGUUGGCCAGGAUAGCUGGUUACAGGCCGGUGGAACUGAAUGCCUCAGACGAGCGCAGCACUGAAGCGUUUCGCAAUGCGUUACAGAGUGCCACGCUCAUGCGGUCCGUGCUCGACGCCGAGAAACGACCUAACUGCUUGAUAUUAGAUGAAAUAGACGGCGCCCCGCUCCCGACAGUGGAGCUACUGGUCCGUUGGUGCACGGCCACUGUACCAGAAGGCAAGAAGAAGGCCAAGCAACAGCCGCUGAAGCGACCUGUUAUAGCUAUAUGUAAUGAUUUGUAUGCCACCUCGUUAAGGCCGUUGAGACCGGUGGCACUAGUAGUGCAUGUGGGCGGGGUGUCAAUAAGCCGGCUGUCGUCCCGGCUGGCGGCAGUAUGUACCAGCGAGGCCAUGUCGGUGGCGCCGCACGUGCUGGCGGCGCUGGCUGCGCGCGCGCAGGGCGACGUGCGCGCCGCCAUACAGCUGCUCAGCUUCAUCAAGGCCAGGGCUAAGGCGCAGCUGAGUAUGGACGACGUGGAAAACGUAGCAAUAGGCACGAAGGACUGCCACAAGAACAUGAUGCAAGCGCUGCAGAGUAUCUUCACGACCAACGACAGGGACCCUGACGCCAUACUCAAGACUAUACAGUCUGCCGGGGAGUAUGACAGACUAAUAGACGGUAUAUUCGAGAACUACCUAUCAGCCCGCGUGGACGGGCGGCUCCUGCUGGCGUCUGAGACCCUGUCCUGGCUGCAGCAGUACGACGUGCUGUCUGCCUGGACCCUGCGACAUCAGAACUACUCUCUGUACGGAGCGUUGCCGCUCUGCAUCGCACGCUGCCAUUCUUUGCUGGCCACUAGAACUCCAAUGAGGGUUAAGUUCCCUUUACAGGCUCAGGAGAUGUACCGCAAGAAGCUAGAGAUCGAGAGUAUAGUGUCGUCGGUCCUCCGCGGCAGUGCGCCGUCGGUGAGCGUGGGCAGACUGGCGCUGGUACUGGACGUACUGCCUCUACUGCCGUACCUGCUCGCUCCCAAUCUCAGGACUGCUAACGUACAGCUAUGCAGCGCCAAUGAGCGUCAGUCGCUGCGUACGGUGGCGGGCGCCAUGUGUGAGUACGGGCUGCAGUACGUGCCCCGUCGGGGGAAGGGGGUGUACGUACACACGCUCGAACCUGACGUGUACCGGGCCGCCUUCUUUGGUACGGAGGAGAAGGUGCGACUAACGCCAGCGAUCAAGCAGGCGAUAGUGCGGGAACAACAGCUCGAAGUUAUCAGGCGCAGCGAGGAAAUGGCGAGUCGAGUACCAGAAAGAUCGAACGCAACGAGCACACCGGCUAAGAAGUCAAGUAGUCCUGCAGAGCCUUCGACCAGCAAAGACAAGCAGGUGUCCCUCCCCAACCACCUGCAACGGUUGCAGCCUAAGGUGGUCAAGAAGAAUACUCCACAGGUACAUAAAGACUUCUUCGGUCGUAUCGUCCCGCUAUCGCAAGUGCAAAGAAAUGAUCCAGUGGCCGACGUGAUAUCAUCAAGCAGCGUGUUCUACCACUACCAGGAAGGCUUCAACAACGCCGUGAGGAGAAACGUUCGAGUGCGGGAUUUAUUGUAAUAGUUCAGGAGAGAAUAUAUUCGAUGUCACUAAUCAUAAAAAAGAAAAUAUUUUUGCAAUGUCUAGAAUUAUGUUUAGCAAUUCUAAUUCUCUAUUACAAUGCCCACAACUUAAUGAAAGAUAGUCAUGUGCGCUGGUCGAUCUCCAAACUACUCUAAGGCAGUCAAAAAUCCAUGAAAAGUAAUUAAUAUCCACAUCCAACAUCAAACUGCCUGCCUCGCUGGUCGAGUGGUUGCAAGUGCGACUACUAGGCAAGGGGUGGCCCUAGGUCAGGGGUGGCCAACAGGUCGAUCGCGAUCGACCGGUCGAUCCCGAGAGCAUUUUUGAUCGAUCGCGGACCAGAAAUUAAGAUAAGACUUCAAAAUUUUUGGUACUAAAGUAUGUGUACACAUAAAUAUUUCGUAUAAAAGGUCGAACGCGAGGAACUUUUAGAAAAAAAGUUGA